UCGAAGCUUUCAUCAUCAAUAUGGUCGCCGGGGCAUCGUCCCUCGGCCCGCGUCUAUGGUGUGGAUCGAUUCUACAAUCCCCCAGCCUUGAGACUCCAGCUCCAGCUAAACCAGCAGAAGCUUCAGAAGCAGCAACAACAGCAGCAGCCGACGUCUCAGAAGGCCGCGGCGGUGGAUAGCCGCGUUGAAUCCGAUGAUUCGUCGUCAAAGACCUCUGUUUCCUGCUCUUCUUCAUCGUCUUCAUCUUCUUCUCCGUCGCCGGGGCAGCCUCCGGCGGCAGCUGGGAACCUGGACCGGUUUCUUGAUUAUACUACACCGACCGUGCGGGCACAGUAUUUUCCCAAGACGAGUGUGAGGCAGUGGAGGAGCUGCGAAGGAGUGGAUUCGUGUCCUUACUUCAACCUUGGAGAUCUUUGGGAGUCGUUCAACGAGUGGAGUGCUUAUGGUGCUGGGGUGCCGCUGGUGUUGAAUGGCAGUGACAGUGUGGUUCAGUACUAUGUGCCGUACUUGUCAGCUAUCCAGAUACUUGUGGAUUCAUCCCGUCUGAUCAUGAGAUCAAGGCGACCUGGUGAGGAGAGCGAUGGUGAUACUUGCCAGGAUACAAGCAGUGAGGGGACUGAGGGUGAAGCUGAUCAGAACUUAAGGCCAAGCAGCAAACAUCCUGUAUGCCAAGAAACCUUCUUAAGCGAUGAUGUCGAGUUCUGUAACUUAGCUGAGCGACCGAUAUUUGAGUACUUCGAGAGAGAUCCACCAUAUGCAAGAGAACCUUUAGCUGACAAGAUUUCUUCUCUUGUUAGUAGAUUUCCUGAUCUGAAGACAUAUAAGAGCUGUGAUCUACUUCCUGACAGUUGGAUUUCAGUUGCUUGGUAUCCGAUAUAUCGAAUACCUGUAGGACCCACAUUACGGGAUCUGGAUGCUUGCUUCUUGACCUUCCACUCACUGGCCACACCUUUUCUAAGCACAAAUAAGAUACAUCGGGAGGGAUACAAGAAUGAGAUGCCAACGGAGCUACGGUUGCCCACAUUUGGGUUGGCUUCAUACAAGCUCAAGGGUUCAAGUUGGAUUUCCAACAGUCUUCACGAGCCGCAACAAGCAAACUCUCUACAUCAAGCUGCCGAAGACUGGCUUCGCCGCCGUCAGGUGGAUCACCCGGACUUUCGUUUCUUCAUAUCCCGGCCUAGAUGACAACCGGUUUCGUAUUUUUACAAGCACCAAAUGAAUGAAGCCUUUGAAUCUAGUUGUCUCCUCCAGGCUAUACAUACAACAAUAACACAUGGAUAAUGAGGAUGUUUUUUGGGAGAUCUUAUCUUGGUUACCCAUUCAAUCUUUGAUGAGAUUCAAAAGUGUGUGCAAGGUAUGGCAUGACAUAAUUUCACAUCCUUACUUUAUUACCAUUCA